ACCUGUGGGCAAACGCUGUGAGCGGUUGAGUGAAAGCAGUGAAAGUUCGGCCACUGGUUGAGACGUCAGUCCGUGAGUUCGAGGAGUUGCUCUGAGUUGCUGAGCCGUUGGAAUUGGUCGCGAAUGUGGAUCAUGUGGAGUGUUUGAGAUUCCUGUUGCUCCGGUAAAAUGCUUGUUCUUGAUCGCUCCGUACCAAAGCUGGUUUGGCCAUUGCGAGAUCAAGGACCAUAGAAACGUGAAAGCGGGACGAGCUAAGUCCAGCGGGUUGGACUGUUAUAUUUUGCACGAGGCUGAGGGUGCUGAAAAUGGGGCUGCCAGAGGAGCUGAAAGAUCGUGGAUGGUUCUUGAGCGCCGAAGGACUCGAAGAAUGCAUAGAAAGCUUGGAGAAUCCCAAGCCGGAAGACGUAAUCCGGAAAGCAGUGAACUUUGAUUUAGCCGAUAUUGGAGAAGGUGGCCUGCCAGAAGAUGUCUCGAGGAACAAAGUGGAUUCGAUAACAGGGCCAGUGGUUGUUCAAAUUCAGAAGAUACGAAAUGUUGCUGCGCCCAAGAGUAACCCAGAAUCGGACCAUUCGCCCAGGCUACUGCGACUGCAUCUGUACGACGGAACUUCAUACUGCAGUGCCAUUCAAUGGGGACGGUGGAACAACAUAAGUCUUUCUACACCCCCUGGCAGCAAGAUCCUCCUCAAGAGUGAACCAAUACCUGUUGUGAAUGGUUUCCUUCUGCUGGCAGAACAUAAUUUUAAAUUCUUGGGUGGCAAUGUGGCACAUCUUAUCGAAAAAUGGGAGCUGGCCAAGAACUUGAGCCACCACAAACGUACCGCUGGGGAAGAAGGCGGUGCUCCUCCUUGGGUUCCCUUUGGGCAGAAGAUAGAUGCAAGCAGGCUUAAGAACCUCAAAGGCGGGUUCAAGUCUAUGGACCUUUGCCAGAAGGAUACCAAACCAAAUGAAUCUUUUGAGAAACAUCGACAGAUGACAAUAGCCGAGAUAUCUCGAGCAAAGGAAGGAAAAGUGAAAGUUUUUGGUGGUGGAAAGCAGCAACCCCAAGAUGGAGACAUUGCUCAGCUGGUUGGCCUUGGCUACUCUGUGGAUGCUGCUGUUAGUGCUCUGAAAACACACAACUGUGACAUUGCUGCUGCAAUGCAAGCAUUGGAGUUGUCUGACCGAAAUAGGAGAGAGCGGGCCAACCGACCAGAAACAGGACGAAAGCGAAGAGAGCCAAGGGAACGUGAUUCAGGUGAUGAGAAAGCUCCUAGUCGACCAUCGGGGCCUAGCACCCUCUUUGAUUACUUGCAGAACCAGAUCUCUCUUCCAAAAGUGCCUGAUGUAGAAGAUUCCCACCUGGGUGACCAACCUUCCGAGGUCCACUCUACACACGACCACUCUAAUCGUGGAGGCCACAGCAGCUCAAAGGGCCGUGCAAAUGGACCGUCAAGCAACAGUGGCCGCUUUGGUCAGCCGCAGCAGCAUCCGCCAUCCCAGCGGUAUCGUGGGCAUAAAGAAUCAUCGAGAGGGGAAGGCGAUCACUCGUACCAGAACCAUCUGCACGAUGGGUUUUCUUCCGGCUUUUAUUCCAACAAUGCAGGCCCUUACAACAGGCACAGGGUCUCUCAAGAAAGUGGUGGGCCACCUCAGCAAUCACGGACUUAUCAAGGGAACCACAACAAUCGGAGUCACCCACGGCAGUCCCCAGUUGAUGGGGGGGACAGACGGCGCAUGCCUCAGGCUUGCGACUUGGCACCUGGCUCAAGACCUGCACCCCGUGGCAGUGACCGUAGCUUUUCCGACUCAAAGUCAUCUGGCACCAAACGGCUUUUCUCUGGACAGAAGGUGCUGGCCAAGUAUUGGGAAGACGGCAAGUUCUACCGGGCCCUGGUGCACGAGGUGUCGGCCAACGGCAACACGUGCGUGGUCAAGUUCGUCGACUACGGCAACCACGAGGAGGUGCUCUGCUCGGACGUGCAGACCGUGUCGCUCGCCCAAUGGGACAAGGGCCAGUCUAGCUCGUCUCGACAGGAGUACCACCGCCAGGCCGGAAGCGGUGGCACAGCCGGUGGCGGCGGAGGUGGCGGCAGCCAACACGGCCCGCCUCCUCAGCAGCACCAGCAGCACCAGCAGCAGUUUAGCAGCAGUCGGGACUCUGAGGACUACCGUUACCUAGAAGCGAUGAUGCAGAACGAGGCGGCCAACGCCGCCGCCUCGCAGCAGCCGCAGCAGCAACACCACCACCAACAGCCGCAGCAGCACCACCAGCCGAACUACCACCAUCACCAGCAGCAACAGCAGCACAAUUACCAGCAGCAGCAGCAACAUCACCAUCAGCCUCAGUAUCAGCCACAGCAGCAUCAUCACCGGCCGCCGACGGACGGCUACGAACACGGCGGGUAUCGACAGAGGCCGCCGCCGCAGCACCACAAGCCACAGCAUCACCAGCCGCCACCGUUUGGCGGAGGACAAGGGCGCCCGCAGCAGCAGUACUAUCAGCCGCCCGCGCAGCGGCGUCAGCCUCCCACCUGAGCCUGUCGGCGGAAUUCUGUAGGGUCGUCUGCGGGCGUGUUAGGAACGGUGGCGCCGCAAUCGGGAGGUGACUACGACGCAUGCAGCGACCGUGGCCACUGCCGUGAAUAAACGUAAAACAAGUGCCUGUGCACUCCUCUCGGAGGGCCGGUAAACCCGGCGGAAUGUCAUCUCUGGACGCUCAGCCAAAAAGGAAAAAAGAAAGAAGAAACGAAACUCGCAGUACUUAGCUUGUAAGAUCCCAUGAAAUUACCCAUACGGAAGGGGUAUAGAGAGAGAGGCGCAGGUGUGUGGAUAACUUUACGUAUACCUAUUGCUGCCGUAUUACCACCAUGCCACGUCGUAGAUAGGAGACUCAGCGCUGGAGGCGAUAUCUUGUCGAGCUGUGGUUAAUAAUGCGCCGUGUUAAACCUGCCAUUGCGACGGGCAAAUGCGCCGCGUAAAACUAAGAAUAAUGAUUUUUCUGUGACGGCAGAACUUUCGUGCCAGAAGAUACGCAAAGGUGAUCAAUUCGGCCACAACUAUGGCGCACCUUAAACAGAGCCAUACGAAGCAUCGAAACUAACGCUGUAGUGAGCAGUGUCGCUUUUGCGUGGUGGUGGUAAUAUGUCAUUUCUGUUGUGUCUACGGUUAUCUAUAACUCACGGUCAUUCCUGUAAAGGCCUUGCAUUCAGAGUGGCAUGGUUAGCUGGUGAAAUACGGGACUCCUUCGGCCUGCGACUCAAAUAGAAUCUGUACCGUGUGCUAGGGUCUGUGAGGGCGCUCCGAACGCUCGGAACCUUUAGAGGCUGCGGCUAGAAGAUUGGCAGGAGGAAUAGAGUUGUGGAGGGAAAAAAAGCAACCGGCAUGAUUGAAAGCUUGCACAAGGUUUUCCUUGACUUUGGCAGCAGUGCUUGGGAUCUACUAUACCUCGUCGCGUGGCCCCUUCAUCCACCUCCAUCCUAUGGCAUUCUGCCUUUUCCUAUGUUUGCAGAUCUUUCAAAAUUCCUUGUUUCCCCAGAGUCGUUUUAUUGUGGCUGGCCUUCGCCAUCGUCAAAUUUAUUUUUCUUCAACAAUAAACGUUGUUCUUGCAUGGCGCGGGCGAUGGUGGUUCUCGUGCCAGCCAGAGAAAGCAAUACUGACUGCGUCGUUUCAUUUUUUUUUUACGUUUAAUUUAA